AAAAAAAAAGAAACAAAAAAAGAAAGAAAUUGGCUCUUUCAGCGGUUGCGUUGGGCAUUGUCUCUCACUGUGUCUGGUCUCCAUUAUUCUCCAAUGGCGAGAAAGCGAAAAUCUAUCCCCAAGGAAGCUCCUUCUUCUGUAGAGACCAAACCCCUUCUAAACCCCAUGGCCACCAAAGACCCUCAGUUGGACUGGCAACAAUCAUCAUCUUCCUCCUCUUCAGAAGAAGAACAAGUUGAGAAGCAGGAAGUCCAAGCAACAACGGACUCUUCCUCCGACGAUGGUGAUGAAGAAGAUUCAGAAUCAGAUGAAGCUUCUAAGCGAGACGCCCUGAAGAAUCUUCUUGAACCAUUCAGCAAAGACCAACUCAUCAACAUCCUUAAAGAAGUCGCCGUAUCAAACCCCUCAAUUGUCUCCGGUAUAGUCAAGUCCGUCGAGUCCGACCCUAUUCACCGCAAGAUUUUCGUCCACGGCCUCACAUGGGACACCACCACCGAAACCCUACUCUCCGCCUUCAAGCAAUACGGCGCCGUCGAGGAUUGCAACGUCGUCACCGACAAGGUCACCGGAAGAUCGAAGGGAUACGGCUUCCUCCUCUUCAAGACACGCGCCGGAGCACGUAAAGCCCUAAAGCAGCCUCAGAAAAAGAUCGGCAACCGAAUUGCUUCGUGCCAGCUCGCCAUCGCGGGAACCCUGCAAGGUCAGUCCACUCCUGCUGCCGCCUCGGCGUCGGCUUCGUCAUCAGAGAGCCGUAGAAUCUACGUGUCGAAUGUUGGGCCACACAUUAGCCCCGAGAGGCUCAGGGCAUUUUUUGAAGCAUAUGGGGAGAUUGAGGAUGGUCCAUGGGGGAUUGACAAGGCCACCGGGAAGUUUAAAGGGUUUGCUAUGUUUGUUUACAGGAGCUUGGAGGGUAUGAAGAAAGCCUUAGAAGAACCGCUUAAGGUUUUUGAAGGGUUUAAGUUGAGGUGUUCUGUGGCAACGGAAGGCCGUGCCACCAAGAACUUAGCUCCUGCAAUGCCGGUUUCAGGGGCAGGUGAGGCAUUGGCUCCUAAUAAUGUUGCUAUGCCAGCUUUGAAAGUUGGGUUGGUUCCCCAAAAUAUGAAUCCGGGUGCUGUUCUUAUGAGCCAGAAUCCUGCUCUUGGGGUUAUGAAUCAAGUUUUGGGGAUGGGGUUGGCUCCAUCAUUUGCUGGUGGAGUUCCACAUACCUUGAAUGGGGUUGGAGCUGCUCCUACUAUAGGAAUCAAUGGUGGGUUUGGUAUGGCGCAGCCUAAUUUUAAUAGUAUGAACUCAAGUAUGGUUAGUGGUUACGGCUCCCAAGCUGCUUUACAAGGAUUUGGCGCUUAUCAGAAUGCUCAGUUGGCUCAACCUUCUGCGUUAGCAGCUCCCAUAGCAAAGUCUCAACCUGGUGCUGGUUCAGUUGGAGCCACAAACUCGUACAUACGACGCUAGGUGAUGUAUCAACUCUUAUCAGACCCUUUUCUGUGGUACUUAAAAGUUCAUUGUGACUCUAGUGUAUUGGUCAUGACUUCAUAGUUCAAUUAGGUUUUCACAUUGCUAAGUUGCUGUUUUCAAUAGUGAUAUCUAUGUUUUAAUCUUAAGUAGCAUCUUUUUAUGAUUCCUUGUAAUCGACAUUGCUGUAGUUUACAUGUGAAAUGAAUGAUACCAAGCAAAUGCCUUUUGGGGUAUUUUUUAGUCCA